AUGAGCACAAAGGGCAAGUGGCUCACCAUUGAGCAAAAGUGUCAAAUUAUUGCACAGCACCAUCGUGAGCCAUCCAUUAACUAUACACAGCUUUCGUUAUGGGCCAAGACGCGUUUUGAGCUGUCGCCAAACCAUUCGCAAUAUUAUCCAGGCGGUUCUAGAGCCGACACGGAACAUGUUCACGUGGACAAGCUGCGACAAAAGGCGACCGAGAGGUUGCGAGAGCUUGAGAAAGAGGCGAGGGAGCUGAGGAAAUAUCUACGUCGACUCAAUGCAACCACAAAUGCACAUCUGUAA